AUGUCAAAUGUGCCAUCAUCAUCCUAUUUUGGUAUCUAUAAUUACAACCUACUAGCAGCUAUAUUAUCUCUUUCUCAUUUUAAUACUGACAAACAUGAUAUUAAUAUUGAACACGAUAUUAAUAUCGAACAUGAUACUAAUGUCAAACACAAUAUUAGCAUUGAACAUGAUAUUAACAUCAAAUAUAAUAUUGCAAAUGCUUUAUUAUCAACUUCCUUUAACACUAAUACUACAAAUUCUUUGUUUACUAAUGAUUUUAAUGGUAUAUUUGUUGAAUCAGAUAUUGAAACUCAACCAGAAGAUGCAGAUAAUGAAUAUAAUGAAGAGGAGAGUAAUGAGUAUAAUAAUAAAGGCAGUGAUUUAUUAGUACUAAAUAAAAAAAUAGAUUUUGGAACAUGGAAACUUGCUGAAUUAUACUUUAAUGAUUACGCAAAACAGGAAGAGUUCAGUCUUCACCUGAGAAGAUACACCACAAAUUCUAAAGACAAUACUAUUACAAGAAGAUAA